UUUUGCUCUAAAGUGUCUAGUCUGACAGCUCACGAGCAAUACAAUAUACAUACUAUACACUGCACUCUCUUCUCUCCCCAUAUUUUCCCUCUGCUUUUCUUCCCUUCACCUCAGAAACUUCAAACCCCUCAAAACUGAAAGCCGUACACAUACAUUUUCAAGAAACUGAAAGCCUUCACAGUGGUUGAACCAAGAUGAGGGAUUGCAGCAGUUUGUGUGUUCUUAUGGUGGGUGUUUUGAUGGUGAUAUUGCCAUUACAUGGUGUAAAUGGGGACAGCCCUUACAGAUUCUACACCUGGAAAAUCACUUAUGGUGACAUUUACCCUCUGGGUGUUAAGCAACAGGGAAUCUUGAUAAAUGGGCAGUUUCCAGGGCCUCAGAUUGACUGUGUUACCAAUGACAAUUUGAUUAUCAGUGUCUACAACUACUUGAGUGAGCCAUUUCUCAUUUCUUGGAAUGGCUUACAGCAGCGGAGGAAUUCAUGGCAGGACGGGGUAUAUGGCACCACCUGUCCCAUUCCUCCCGGGAAAAACUUCACUUAUAUGCUCCAAGCGAAGGACCAAAUAGGUAGCUAUUUCUACUUCCCAUCGCUUCGGAUCCACAAGGCUCUCGGAGGAUAUGGUGCCAUCAGAAUCUAUAGCCGUCCUCUGAUCCCUGUACCUUUCCCCCCACCUGCUCGGGAUUAUACUUUAUUAGUUGGAGAUUGGUUCAAACGAAGCCACAGGCAAUUGGUGUAUAUCUUGGACAGUGGUCAUAAUCUUCCCUUCCCCGAUGGGCUAAUAAUCAAUGGUCGUGGCUGGAAUGGAUACACUUUUAUAGUCGAUCCAGGUAAGACGUAUAGAUUCAGGAUAUCGAAUGUCGGGCUAGCUACAUCGAUUAACUUUAGAAUAGAAGGGCACACAAUGAAGCUGAUAGAGGUCGAAGGAUCCCACACGCUGCAAACCACGUUUACUAACCUCGACAUCCAUUUAGGCCAGUCGUAUUCUGUUUUAGUCACAGCUGAUCAGCAGCCCAAAGAUUAUUACAUUGUAGCUUCCUCGCGCUUUACCUCUAGAGUGCUCACCACGACUGCAGUUCUCCACUAUAGCAACUCGUUUGUGAAAGUCUCGGGGCCUCCCCCGAGAGGGCCUACCACUCAAAUCGACUGGUCUCUUAACCAGGCAAGAUCUAUUCGUUGGAACUUGACUGCUAGCGGGCCAAGGCCAAACCCGCAAGGAUCUUACCACUAUGGACUGAUCAAACCUGCUCGAACAAUCAUGCUUGCUAACUCCGCCCCUUACAUAAAUGGAAAGCAGAGGUAUGCUGUGAAUGGUGUCUCGUAUGUGAAUCCCGACACCCCUCUGAAGCUGGCGGAUUACUUCAACAUCGGGGGAGUCUUCAACCUCGGGAGCAUCCCCGACUCACCAAACGGAGGAGGCGCCUAUCUUGGAACCUCGGUUAUGGCUGCAGACUUCAGGUCUUAUGUCGAGAUCGUGUUCCAAAAUUGGGAGGACACUGUCCAAUCGUGGCAUAUAGAUGGAUAUUCCUUCUUCGUUGUCGGGAUGGAUGGAGGACAGUGGACUCAAGCUAGCAGAACCCGCUACAAUUUGAGAGACACGGUUGCACGCUGCACAGUUCAGGUUUACCCGAAAUCAUGGACUGCAAUAUACAUGGCAUUGGACAAUGUUGGGAUGUGGAACAUAAGAUCUGAAGACUGGGCAAGGCAGUAUUUGGGCCAGCAAUUCUACUUGAGAGUUUACUCCCCCACACACUCUUAUAGGGAUGAACUUCCCAUCCCGAAGAACGCCCUUCUCUGUGGCCGAGCUAGAGGGCGCCACACCAGACCAUUUUAGGACACAACAAAAACUCGGGGUCUGUCACGAGGGCGUGGCACAGGUACAUUCAUGAUUCAUGCCAUCAAACAGCAAGAGAAGAAGCUCAACUCGAGCUGCGAUUUCUCGUCUUUUUUUUUUUUUUUUUCUUUUCCAUUUAGAAACAUUGGUUUAGUUUAGUAGGGAGAAUGCAGUGAGUAGACUGUGAACUGAUGAUUGAUUCUUGGUUUCCACCCUUCAAGAAAAUUUCCAGUUUUCUUCAUAGUUU